GGUCAUUUCUCAGUCCAGAAGAUGGUUUCAUGAGCAGCGUUCCCAGCAAUACAUCACAAAGGUCAACUCUACUGUGGGCCAUGACUGCUCUGCUUCCCAACGCCAGCCUUUCAGGGAGUACAACAGCUCUGCUGGCAACCACCGACUUUCCAUUUAACCGGACUGUGCGAGCGGGACCCGCAGACGGCGAGUCACUGCCCCCUCUCUGCACCCUGUGCUGCUGCGGGAUUGUCAAUCGCACCCUGGCAGUAGCAUUCAUGGUCAGCCUGGCGUUUGCUAUUGUGAUUGGAAAUGUGGUCACACUCACGGUGUUCGUGCAAACGAGGCAAUCGAGAACACCACAGGGAUAUUUGAAAGUGUCUUUGGCCGUAGCGGACAUGAUGGUCGGCGUCCUCGUGGUCCCUUUCUCUGUCUACACUGAAAUCUCCCUGAUGGUGACCAGCGCUCCUCCCAUGUGGUACCAGGGCAGCGCCACUUUCCCCACGCUCAGCGGACUAGUGAGCCCCUGGCAGCCCUGCAUGCUGAUCGGCCCCGUGUUUGCCGGCUGCACUUUCGUCUCCAUCAGCACCAUCUUCCUGAUGACCCUGGAGCGCAGCGUGGCCAUCCUGUGGCCGCUCCACAAGGAUGCGCUGGUGACCCGGAGACGGACGCUGCUCCUGAUCCUGCUCUCUUGGGCCGCCAGCUUUGUGCUUGCCCUGGCUCCACUCAUCUUCAGCAGCAACUUCACUUUGGAGUACAACGAGUGCAGUCGCAUGUGUAACUACACCCCGCUGGUGUAUGGAGGCCAGCUCCCGCCCGAUGCCAACGUUCUGUUAUUAUUCCCGGCGUUCGACUUCACGCUGCUCGGUGGCACGCUAGCGGUUAAUAUUGUGUCUUUCACAAGCAUUCGGCGGUACACCAAAAAGCGCAAGCUGCUCUCAGAGGGGAGUCUAAGUGAUGGAGGGGGAGGAGGAGGAUGCACGCACCGGCCCUCCUUUUCAGACAUCAAAGCCGCAAAGACCAUUGGCAUACUGACUUUUGCCUUCACAGCGUCCUUCUCUCCGAUUGCGGUGUUUGUGCUUGGCAACGUGGUGGGAUACACCUGGUGUAACUUCUCGUUUUUUGCCUUUUGGAUUCUGACGGGAAACAGUUGCUGCAAUGUCAUAAUCUACAGUGUCAGGGACCACCGCUUCAGGAAGGGUGUGACCCUGCUCUUUCACAGAGAACAGUCCCCCCCACAUGGUGAGAAGAUC